AUGUCUUCUGUUGAUGAAUUAACUGAAUUAUUCAGUAAGAUUGGUUUUGAAGAUGCUAAAGUUAAAGAAAUUGUGAAGAACAAAAAAGUUUCUGAAUCGUUAGCUGGGUUUAUCAAGGAAGCUCCAGCUGGUUGUGAAUGGGAUAAGUCUACUAGGGCAUUGGUUCACAAUUUAGCUUCUCUGUCCAAAGGUGCAGAAUUGCCAAACUCUUCUAUGAUUGUGGAAGGUAUUACUAAAGGUUCUUUAAAGACUGCUUUGCAGGUUGAUGCUGCCUUCAAAUACAUUAAAGAACAUGGUUUGAACGCUACUGUUGAUGCUAUGAAUGAAAAUUCUGGUGUGGGUAUUGAAAUUACCGAACAACAGGUAAGGGAUCGUGUUAUUAAAUAUAUUGAAGAUAACAAGGAAACAAUUAUUACUGAACGUUAUAAAUUAGUUCCAGGUAUUUUUGCUAAUAUUAAAAAUUUGACAGAAUUGAAAUGGGCUGAUCCACGUACUUUUAAGCCAAUUAUUGAUGAAGAAAUCUUAAAAGUUUUGGGUCCAAAAGAUGAGAGAGAUUUGGUUAAAAAGAAGAAAGGUGGUGACUCCAAGAAGAAGGAAUCUAAAGCCUCUAAGUCUACUAAAUCUAAGGAAGAAGCUACUCAACCACAUAGAACUAUGUUUAAUGAAGGCUUCUUGGGUGAUUUACAUAAAGUUGGUGAAAAUCCACAAGCCUAUCCAGAAUUGAUGGCCGAACAUCUGAAAGUAACUGGUGGUAAAGUUCAUACUAGAUUUCCUCCAGAGCCAAACGGAUACUUGCAUAUUGGUCACUCUAAGGCAAUCAUGGUUAACUUUGGUUAUGCUAAAUAUUGGGAUGGCGUAUGUUACUUAAGAUUCGAUGAUACUAAUCCUGAAGCUGAAGCUCCAGAAUAUUUCGAAUCCAUUAAAAGAAUGGUCUCAUGGUUAGGUUUUAAGCCAUGGAAGAUUACUUACUCAAGUGAUUAUUUUGAUAAAUUAUAUGAGUUGGCCGAGAUUUUGAUUCAAAACGACAGAGGUUAUAUUUGUCAUUGUACCGCUGAAGAAAUUAAGCGUGGCCGUGGUAUUAAGGAAGAUGGUACUCCAGGUGGUGAAAGAUCAGCAUGUAAACAUCGUGAUAGACCAGUCGAAGAAAGUUUGAAAGAAUUUAGAAACAUGAGAGAUGGUGUUUACCAACCAGGUGAGGCUACUCUAAGAAUGAAGCAAGAUUUGACUUCCCCAAGUCCUCAGAUGUGGGAUUUGAUUGCAUAUAGAGUAUUAAACGCUCCACAUCCAAGAACUGGCUCUAAAUGGAAGAUUUAUCCAACUUACGACUUCACUCACUGUUUGGUUGAUUCUUUCGAAAAUAUCACUCAUUCUUUAUGUACUACUGAAUUCUAUUUGUCAAGAGAAAGUUAUGAAUGGUUAUGUGACCAAGUACAUGUAUUUAGACCAGCUCAAAGAGAAUACGGUCGUUUGAACAUUACUGGUACUGUUCUAUCAAAGAGAAAGAUUGCUAAGUUAGUGGAAGGUAAUUACGUCAGAGGCUGGGACGAUCCAAGAUUAUUCACUUUAGAAGCUAUCCGUAGACGUGGUGUUCCUCCAGGUGCUAUUUUAUCCUUUAUUAACACUUUAGGUGUUACCACAAGUACUACCAAUAUUCAAGUAGUUAGAUUCGAAAGUGCAGUAAGAAAGUUCUUGGAAGAUACUACUCCUAGAUUAAUGUUUGUCUUGGAUCCAAUUGAAGUUGUUGUUGAUAACUUACCUGAAGAUUAUGAAGAAAUUGCUUCUAUCCCAUACCGUCCAGGUACUCCUGAAUUUGGUGAAAGAAAUGUUCCAUUUACAAAGAAAUUCUACAUUGAAAGAUCUGAUUUCAGCGAGAAUACUGAUGAUUCUGAGUUCUUUAGAUUGACUCCAACUCAGCCAGUUGGUUUGAUUAAAGUUCCGCACACUGUUUCCUUCAAGAGCUUAGAAAAGGAUGAAAGUGGUAAGAUUAUUAGAUUACAUGUAAACUAUGAUAAUGAACAAAAAGAAGGUAAACCAAAGAAACCAAAGACUUAUAUCCAAUGGGUUCCAGUAUCAUCCAAGCACAACUCGCCAAUUAGAAUCGCUGAAACAAGAGUAUACAACCAAUUAUUCAAAUCAGAAAACCCUUCAUCUCAUCCAGAUGGUUACUUAGAGGAUAUCAACCCAGAAAGUGAAGCUGUUUAUAAAAAUGCUGUUGUUGAACACAAUUUUAAUGCCAUUGUUAAGAGUUCACCAUGGGUUGUUGAAGCUACUAAAAACUCUGAAUUCUACGUUGAUGAAGAUAAGGAUGCUAAGGAAAUCUGUAGAUUCCAAGCAAUGAGAGUUGGUUACUUCACCUUAGAUAAAGAUAGCAGUGAUGACAAGAUUAUUUUGAACAGAAUUGUUAGUUUGAAAGAUACCAGCAAAUAG